AGUCGGGUGGAACGCACAGGGCGGAAGUCGGGUGUGUAGCGCUCCGGGCGGAGGACUGGCGGGUGAAGAUCUAAUUUUACUGUAGAAGAUAUAGAGACAGCGAAGAUGUAUGUGAGGGGGGAUCAGCAGUGCAAGGAGGAGGAAAUCCCUACAGAUAUCAGCACAGAUGGACCCAGUAACAGAGAUACCCCAGAGAGAUGUCCCCGUCCUCUGUUUUCUCAGGACUGUACAGAGGAGAAUCACAGGAUCCCACAGGAGCAUCAGGGUGAAGAUCUGACAAAUGUUAAGGCAGAAGAUAUAGAGGGAGAAGAGACGUAUGUGACUGAUAUGAAAAUAGAGGAUACAGAGGGAGAACAAGAGACGUAUGUGACUGAUAUGAAGGCAGAAGAUAGAGAGGGAGAAGAAGCGACGUAUGUGACUGAUAUGAAGGCAGAAGAUACAGAGGGAGAAGAAGAGACGUAUGUGACUGAUAUGAAGGCAGAAGAUACAGAGGGAGAAGAAGAGACGUAUGUGACUGAUAUGAAAAUAGAGGAUACAGAGGGAGAAGAAGAGACGUAUGUGACUGAUAUGAAGGCAGAAGAUAUAGAGGGAGAAGAAGAGACGUAUGUGACUGAUAUAAAGGCAGAAGAUAUAGAGGGAGAACAAGAGACGUAUGUGACUGAUAUGAAGGCAAAAGAUAGAGAGGAAGGAGAAGAGACGUAUGUGACUGAUAUGAAGGGAGGAGAAGAGACGCAUGUGACUGAUAUGAAGGCAGAAGAUACAGAGGGAGAAGAGACGUAUGUGACUGAUAUGAAGCCAGAAGAUAUAGAGGGAGGAGAAGAGACGUAUGUGACUGAUAAUAUGUUAAAAAAUAUACAGAGAGAAAAAGAAACAUAUGUGAGAUGUGAUCAGCAGUGUAAAGAGAAAAUACCUACAGAUAUCAGCACAGCAGAUGAACACACAAGCAGGAAAACCUCGGAGGGAGAUCUCACUGUUUCUCAAGCUUUUAAAAUAGAAGAUAACAUCACGCAGGAUUCUUCUGGGAUAAACCCCACUAUCCUUCAUAAACAACCAGCACUUUUCAGUGCAGAUAAAUCACCUGAUCCUUCUAAUCAUGGGGACUGUUCUCAUCCUUCGGCUAUAAUGAUACAUAGUGCAGCUCAUAAAGGUGAUUCAAUAUUUUCCUGUUCUGAAUGUGGUAAAAGUUUUAUACAUCAUUCAGUCUUUGUUAGGCAUCAGAGAAGUCACACCGGUGAGAAGCCGUUUCCAUGUUCUGAGUGUGGGAAAUGUUUUACACAUAAGUCAGGUCUUGCUACACAUCAGAGAAGUCACACGGGUGAGAAAUCGUUCCCAUGCUCUGAGUGCAGGAAAUGUUUUACACAGAAAUCAUUUCUUGUUAGACAUCAGAGAAGUCACACAGGUGAGAAGCAGUUUCCAUGCUCUGAGUGUGAAAAAUGUUUUACUCAUAAAUCAGGUCUUGUUACACAUCAGAGAACUCACACGGGUGAGAAGCCAUUUUCAUGCUCGGAGUGUUUGAAAAGUUUUACACAGAAAUCAUUUCUUGUUGAACAUCAGAGAACUCACACAGGUGAGAAACCAUUUCCAUGUCCUGAGUGUGGAAAAUAUUUUACACGAAAAUCAGCUCUUGUUACACAUCAGAGAAGUCAUCCAGGGGAGAAACCAUUUCCAUGUUCUGAAUGUGGGAAAUGUUUUACACAGAAAUUACAUCUUGUUACACAUCAGAGAAGUCACACAGGUGAGACAUCAUUUCCAUGCUCUGAGUGUGGAAAAUGUUUUACGCAGAAAUAUAAACUUGUUGAACACCAGAGACUUCACACAGGUGAGAGGCCAUUUCCAUGUGCUGAGUGUGGGAAAUGUUUUACACGGAAAUCAUUUCUUGUUAAACAUCAGAGAAUUCACACGGGUGAGAAACCAUUUCCAUGUUGUGAGUGUGGGAAAUGUUUUACACAGAAAUCAGAUCUUGUUACACAUCAAAGAACUCACACAGGUGAGAAACCAUUUCCAUGCUCUAAGUGUGGGAAAUGUUUUACAGAGAAAUCAAAUCUGAUUAGACAUGAAAGAAUUCAUACAAGGAAAAAACAAUUUAUCAGAAGGCAGGUGGAACGCACAGGGCGGAAUUCGGCUGUGUUACAUGAUUACAGGGUGAGGGGAGCGGUGAGUGGCCGGGGUGUUCCAGCUUCCUAUAAGGUGUCAGGAUGUCACUGUCUAUCUCUUCAUGAGAGGGAGUCUAUAGAGGAACACAGGGGUCUGUACAAGGACGUGAUGAUGGAGAAUCACCGGCCCCUCACAUCACUGGAUAGGCCCAGUAACAGAGAUACCCCAGACAGAUGUCCCCGUCCUCUGUAUUCCCAGGACUGUACAGAGGAGAAUCACAGGACCCCACAGGAGGAUCAGGUUAAGAAUCUAAUUAUUAUUAAGGUAGAAGAUAUAAAGGGAGAAGAAGAGAUGUAUGUGAUGGGUGAUCAGCAGUGUAAGGAGGAGGAAAUCCCUACAGAUAUCAGCACAGAUGGACUCAGUAACAGAGAUACCCCAGAGAGAUGUCCCCGUCCUCUGUAUUCCCAGGAUUGUACAGAGGAGAAUCGCAGGAACCCACAGGAGGAUCAGGGUGAAUAUAUUACUAAUAUUAAGGUAGAAGAUAUAGAGGAAGAAGAAGAGACGUAUGUGAGGGGUGAUCAGCAGUGUAAGGAGGAGGAAAUAUCUACAGAUAUCAGUACAGAUGAAUGCAGAAACCAGAUGACCUCGAAGGGAUAUCUUAGUGUGUCUCCAGCUUUUAAAAUAGAUUAUAACAUUACACAGGAUUCUCUGUUGAAAAUUCCCAUUAUUUUUAAGACAUUUCCAUUACUUCUCACUGCAGAUAAAUCACCUGAUCCCUACAAUCAUGGGGAAUGUUCUCAUCAGUCAGAUAUAAUGACACAAAAUACUGCUCAUAAAGGUGAUUCAGUAUUUUCCAGUUCUGAAUGUGGUAAAAGUUUUGUACAUCAGUCAGACUUUGUUAGGAAUCACAGAAGUCACACCGGUGAGAGGCUAUUUCCUUGUUCUGAGUGUGGGAAAUGUUUUACACAGAAAUAUAACCUUAUCAAACAUCAGAAAAUUCACAUAGGUGAGAAGCCAUUUCCAUGCUCUGAGUGUGGGAAAUGUUUUACAUACAAACUAAAUCUUGAUACACAUUUGAAAAUUCACACAGGCGAGCCAGUGUUUCCUUGCUCAGAGUGUGGGAAAUGUUUUACACAGAAAUCAGAUCUCGUUAAACAUCAGAGAACUCACACAGGUGAGAAGCCAUUUCCAUGUUCUGAGUGUGGGAAAUGUUUUACAGCUAAAUCAAAUUUGGUUAGACAUCAGAGAAGUCACACAGGUGAGAAACCAUUUCCAUGCUCUGAGUGUGGGAAAUGUUUUACACAGAAACUACAUCUUGUUACACAUCAGAGAAGUCACACAGAUGAGAAGCCAUUUUCAUGUUUGGAGUGUGGGAAAUGUUUUACACAGAAAUUGCAUCUUGUUACACACCAGAGAACUCACACAGGUGAGAAACCAUUUCCAUGUUUGGAGUGCGGGAAAUGUUUUGCACAUAAAUCAAGUCUUCUUAUACAUCAGAGAAUUCACACAGGUGAGAAGGAAUUUCCAUGCUCUGAGUGUGGGAAAUGUUUUAGAGACAAAUCAGAUCUAGUUGCGCAUCAGAGAACUCAUACAGGUGAGAAGCCAUUUCCGUGCUCUGUGUGUGGUAAAUGCUUUAAACAGAAGUCACAUCUUGUUAAACAUAAGAGAAUUCAUGCAAGGGAACAACAAUUUCCAUAUAAUGCCUCAGAUGUCUGGAAAUAUUUUGAUGCCUCAAAAAUUCUUGUGGUUCAGAUGAGAACAUUUAGUUUUAUUUUUGGAUGGUUGAUGAGCCUCCACAGGACAUUACUGGAAGCUCCACAGGGGAUGGUUGUUGAUCCCACACAGGGCAGGACUGGCAGCUCCGCACAGGAAAUGAUGGGUUCCACACAGGUUCAGCAAUACAGAGUCAUCCACAAAGGACACAGAUGUAUUCCACAAGAACGUCUGACAGAGUUUGACCUCUUAGCCAAAGGUAGAGAUGACGUUUCCGUGCAUCAAACGAAACUCUCUCAACUGGAUGACGACGCACCCCUCUCACUCGGCUCUAUGCGGCAGCUGCUGGCUUCCUUUAAAGAUGAUAUUACAAUGGAAGUUAAGACAGCGCUCCAAAGCUGCCAACAGACAGUCGACGCUAUAGGUCAGCGUACGGACCACCUCGAGAAUAAGUGUGAGGAGGUGGUGAAGUCUCAUAAUGAGGUGAUUAACCAACUUGAAGAGCUACAAGCAGAGGUCGCGGACCUACGGCGGAAGACCUGUGACCUUGGGGACAGGUCACGCCGUAACAAUAUAAAGCUCCGCGGCAUCCCGGAAACAGUCUCCAACUCAGAGCUCAACCAAUUUGCAACGUACCUCUUCAUGGCUCUUCUUCCUACCAACUCUAUUGAUGACUUUCUUAUCGACCGCAUCCAUCGCCUACCGAAGGCUAGAAAUGCCCCAAAAGAUGCUCCGAGAGACACUCUGAUGAGGAUGCAUUAUUUCCAUGUCAAGGACCAAAUCCUGCGGGCAGCUAUGCGUCCGGAUCUACCACCCACGACCUUGGGAGAUAUUCAAGUAUAUGGCGACCUCUCAGCGGCUACCCUAGCCAUGAGACGUGCGUUCUACCCGGUGACUACAGCACUCAAGAGAGCUGAUAUCCUUUAUCGAUGGGGGUUCCCGACGAAAUUGCUGGUCAGACGUAACUGUGUCAUGCACGCGAUAAUCACGCCGGAAGCUGGGCUGAAAUUGUUGGAUUCCUGGAAGAGGGAGGAUACACCUGAGAAGACACCUGCAACCCUUAAGUUGACUCAGGAGUGGAUCAAUUUAGUGAUUUCGGAUAAGUGGACUCUCCAGCAAGUAUCGAGGGCUUCUAUCCUGCCAGUAUCAUGGUCUGAUCAUUCUGCCCUCUCGGUCAAAUGGAACCCCCGACGCGUGCGGUCUUCUCCCUCCUUAUGGCGCCUUGGAGAAUACCUCCUCACAAAUGCGGAUGCUCACCGGUCUAUUUCACAGGCCCUCUCCUUGUACAUCGAAACCAAUGCUCCAGCAGACACGUCCAUAUUUACGCAUUGGUGUGCCCUUAAGGCGGUGGUCCGGGGAGCGGCAAUCCAGGCGGCUGCUUAUAUUCGCAGGACCUCCCGAGAAAAACAGUUAGAACUCGAAACCCGCUUUAAAGAUUUAGAUACCCUAUUUAAGUUGAACCCCUCUAAUAAGAAAAUUUAUCGAGAUCUGCUUCGGGUCAGGGAUGAGAUGAAUAAAUUGGCUUUAACUGAGGUCCAUAAAAACCUCUUCCGGCUGCGGCAAAAGUUCUAUACGCAAGGGGACAAGGUGGGCAUAAUGCUUGCACGCAAACUGAGGGGGAAAAUUGCUAAAGAGAGGGUGAAAUCCAUUGUCACUUUCAACAAUGUCAAGAUAUCCGACCAGUUGGACAUUGCUAACUUCUUCGCUACUUAUUAUUCCUCCCUUUAUAAUCUGAAAGAUGACGUAUCUAUCCCACAGCCCACACCAGCCAAUAUAGCGGCCUUCCUGAAAGAUAUUAAUCUCCCCUCAAUCGACUCACUUACUUUACAGACUUUAAAUCAACCCUGGACCUCUAAAGAAAUUACCCAAGCCAUAGACUCCCUCCCAUUAGACAAAGCUCCAGGCCCAGAUGGGUUUAUAAAUAAAUUCUAUAAAUGCUUCAAAGAUGCUAUUACCCCUGUCCUGGAAGGAGUCUACAAUCAUGCUUCCUCCGUGGGGAAUUUCCCGGUGGAAAUGCUGGAGGCUCGUGUGGCCGCCUUUCCUAAGCCAGGGAAAAAUCCUGCUAUGAUGCCUAAUUAUCGCCCCAUAGCUUUAUUGAAUACUGACUUAAAAAUCUAUGCGAAACUAGUGGCCAACAGGCUCAACCCCCUGCUCCCCUUGCUCAUCCAUUGUGAUCAGGUGGGCUUUAUCCCCGGAAGACAGGCCCCCGAUAACACUAGGCGGGUGAUAGACGUGCUGGACGCCUUUUCCCCAUCUGAUUCUCCCUUACUGCUGCUUUCCUUAGACGCGGAGAAGGCGUUCGAUCGUCUUCACUGGGGGUAUCUACAGGCAGUUCUUUGUAAAUUUGGCCUUACAGGUAAUGGACUGGCUAAAAUGACAACUACAUUACCAAGAACCAUAGACCCACCUAGUCACAGUGACAUCAAAUUCAAUAGCCACAUUGGACAUCUCCACAUACAGAUCUUGAUUCUUUUCUGUGUUCCUAUCUCUCCACGUGGCUUUGCUGUGUUGAAUUCCCAUAAAUAUUCUUACAUGUUGAACAGAGCAGUUGUGUUCUUGUUUGAAAGAUGUUUCAGAAAUGCCCCAGAGAGAUGUCCCCGUCCAAUAUAUUCCCAGGACUAUACAGAGGAGUAUCACAGGAUCCCACAGGAGGAUCAGGGUGAGUAUUUUACCUAUAUUAAGGGAGAAGAGACGUAUGUGACUGAUAUGAAGGCAGAAGAUAUAGAGGGAGAAGAAGAGACGUAUGUGACUGAUAUGAAGGCAGAAGAUAUAGAGGGAGAAGAAGAGACGUAUGUGACUGAUAUGAAGGCAGAAGAUACAGAGGGAGAAGAAGAGACGUAUGUGACUGAUAUGAAGGCAGAAGAUACAGAGGGAGAAGAAAAGACGUAUAUGACUGAUAUGAAGGCAGAAGAUAAAGAGGGAGAAGAGACAUAUGUUACUGAUAUAAAGACAGAAGAUAUAGAGGGAGAAGAGGAGACGUAUGUGACUGAUAUGAAGGCAGAAGGUACAGAGGGAGAAGAGACAUAUGUUACUGAUAUAAAGACAGAAGAUAAGGAGGGAGAAGAGACGUAUGUUACUGAUAUGAAGGCAGAAAAUAAAGAGGGAGAAGAAGAGACGUAUGUGAGGGAUGAUCAGCGGUGUAAGGAGGAGGAAAUCCCUAAAGAUAUAGGCACAGAUGGACACAUAAGCAGGAAGACCUUGGAGGGAUUUCUCAAUGUGUUUCCAGCUUUGAAAUUGGAAGAUAACAUUGCACAGGAUUCCCUGAGGGAAACCCCCAUUGUGUUUAAUAUGCAUCCAGAAUCUGAUCCCUCUAAUCAUGGGGAAUGUUCUCCUCAUCCCUCAGAUGUAAUGACACACAGCACAGCUCAUAAAGGUGAUUCAGUAUUUUCCUGCUCUGAAUGUGGUAGAGGUUUUAUGUGUCAGUCAGCCUUUGUUAGGCAUCAAAGAAGUCACACAGGUGAGAAACCAUUUUUAUGUUCUGAGUGUGGGAAAUGUUUUACACAGAAAUAUAACCUUAUUACACAUCAGAGUAGUCACAAAGGUGAAAAACCUUUUCUGUGUUCUGAGUGCGGGAAAUGUUUUACACUGAAAUCAGCUCUAGUUACACAUCAGAGAAGUCAUACAGGUGAGAGACCAUUUUUGUGUUCUGAGUGUGGGAAAUGUUUUACACAGAAAUCAGGUCUUGAUAAACAUCAGAGAAGCCACACAGGUGAAAAACCAUUUCCAUGUUCGGACUGUGGAAAAAGUUUUGCCCAGAAACUACAUCUUAUUACACAUCAGAGAACUCACACAGGUGAGAAACCAUUUCCAUGUUCAGAGUGUGGGAAAUGUUUUACACAUAAAUCAGCUCUUGUUACUCAUCUCAGAUGUCACACAGGUGAGAGGCCAUAUCCAUGCUCUGAGUGUGAGAAAUGUUUUACGCAGAAAUCAGAUCUUGUUAAACAUCAGAGAUAUCACACAGGUGAGAGGCCGUAUCCAUGUUCUGAGUGUGGGAAAUGUUUUAGAGCAAAUUCAAAUCUGGUUAGACAUCAGAGAACUCAUGUAAGGGAGCAACAAUUUCCAUGAGUUGCUAGAUAUGUAACUGAGGUAUAGUAAUAUUAUAAAUAUCAUAAAAGCUUUUGAUAAUAAUGUGAAUGAUAAAUAGAGGCAUUAAUAGAUUUACAGUGACCCUCUUCUGCACUAGGUGGUGAUUUUCUCACAAAUGUAUUAGCCUCGCUCAACGGGUUGGGAUUGCGAUAUAAUGUGAGGUCCAGGGCACUAUUAUAUCAUCUUUGUUUAUACUCUGUAAUUGAUAGUGCCAGAUACUUUCUCAUGGGCCUAUUUUUUUUAAUAAAGCUACAGAAAUGUUACCACAUAAUGUAAAUUAAAUUGGAUACUGCUUUGUGGCUAUUUUUGUAUGGAUGUACUAUAUGUUAUUUGGGUUGAUGGUCACUGAGGGGUGUAGUGCCUUGUAGUGUGCCGGCAUGUUAAAUUAAUAUUGUGUUUUCCAUGUUGGUCAGACGGUGGAGAGGGCAUCUUCAUGGUGACCUUUCAUGCUUAGCCUGUGGACACCAUGUAAAAUGAUUUGAAUGUGACAUGGGUAGAGAUGGUGGAGUAUCCUAUGGUUUUACAUGUGAUGUGGUUUUUACUAAGGCUGUAAAUAAACAUGAAAUA